AUGUCUCGGGAGGGUUGCACUGACAAACAGGAGCUUGCUGGUGAAUUUAGCAGUGAAAAGGGCCAUGCAUUUGUUGAACAACUCCACAAAGUCCAGUGUAUGCUGCAGGAUGUGGGCUCCAACAUCGCGACGCCUCUCUCCUCAGCCAGGGCGGCUCACUUAAAACGAACAUCUUUUAGUGAGAAGCCAGUUCUGGAGCUGGAGCAGUGGAUUGACAGUUACUCAGAGCAGCUUCCUCCGCUCAGAGCUUUCAUCUUGCCAUCAGGAGGUAAAAGCAGCGCUGCUCUCCAUUUUUCCCGAGCUGUCUGCCGCAGAGCUGAAAGGUGCGUGGUUCCUUUAGUACAAGCAGGGGAAGCAGAUCCAAACGUGGCCAAAUAUUUAAACAGACUGAGCGACUACCUCUUCGUUUUGGCACGUUACGCUGCAAUGAAGGAAGGGAAGGAAGAGAAAAUAUAUAUAAAGCCUGAAGCGUGA